GAGGAAGGCAACAAAUAGAAACUGCUGAGGAGCGCCUGUAAGAAAGUUCAUCUCUUCUUCCCUAAACAUCUCUCUCAGAUUCCGCCUGCAGAACUUGCCCGAAAACCAUGACAACCUCAAGGCGUCUUGCAGAUAGGAAGGUGGAGAGGUUUGAGAAGAAUAUCAAGAAGAGAGGUACAGUGCCUGAAACGACAACAAAAAAAGGGAACUCUUAUCCUGUGGGACCUGUUAUGCUUGGGUUCUUCAUAUUUGUUGUCAUUGGAUCCUCUUUGUUUCAAAUAAUCCGAACCGCAACAAGUGGAGGCAUGGCUUGAGUAACGCACUUUCCUAUUGGCAGUGAGCUUUGACAGCUCUAGGGUCAUGAUAUGAUGUUUUCUGUUAUCUUAGAGUCGAUCUUCUGCUAGAUUUCCUGCAGCAAAAAUGCCCCAACGGUUAGCAGAAGGAUUAUGUGAUGUUGGACAUUUGUGUUUUUAUGUGAUAUAAACCUAAAUUAAGUAAAAUACGAUUGUCCUCCCUCUUUGUUUUCCCGAGAGUUGGCCUGAUUACUCAAUGGCAAAAUGGUCUUCCUAAUGCUUAUGUUCCUAGGGGACCCCAGUCGGAAAAUACCCUCACAUCUCCGAUGAAAACAGCUGAUUGCCAAAACCGGACAGUUCUGGUGUCAGCUGAGAGGGGAAGAGACACUGUUAGCAAAAAUGAAGGUUGGAACUUUGCCUCCGGUUUUAAUUUGUACUAUGCGAGAGACGUCACCAAGAUAAACUCGAUUUAUGGAUGUUCUCAAUUCAGAAGGUAUGUGAGGACGAGUUCAUCGUAAGACCUUCCGCGUAGUCUAAAGCAUAGUGCCCAACUAAUACACCCCAUAUACUAGGUUAGAGGAGAAUCCUACUACAUUAGCAGUAUCGUUGGCUCGUGGCUCAUUUGGCGUUGGCUUUUAGGUGCGUGCGUGUUCGUUAGCUAGUUUGUAUAUUACUAUACAUUAUGAAAUUUAUAGUAUCUUC